CCAUAUUUACAAAUCACAGACGAUAGCGAAGUAUGCAUGACCCCACCUGAAGAUUCUAAUGCUUACCGUACACGCAAUAGAGCACCUGAACGUUAUCGAUUUACAAAGAUAUUUACCGAAAAUGUAUCACAACAAGAAUUCUUUGAUAAAACCACAUUACCUCUUAUUAAAGAUGUACUCAAAGGUGAAAACGCAUUGAUAUUUGCUUAUGGUGUCACCAAUUCUGGCAAGACCUACUCAAUUAUGGGUACAAGACAGGAUACUGGAUUACUACCUCGCACUCUGGAUGUGUUAUUCAAUAGUAUCAAGGAUUAUACUAGUGACUCCAAGGUAAAGCAUAAUCAAAAGAUGAUCCCAAUUGAUGAAAGAUAUGAAUAUGGUAUCUGGGUAUCCUUUGCUGAGAUCUACACGGAACGUAUCUAUGAUUUGUUGGUGGCACCUGACAAGCAACAAAAACGCAAAUCACUAGCCCUGAAGUACGAAUUUCGAAGUGGACACAAAUAUAUAGCAGGUCUCAAAGAAGUAAAAGUGCGAACUAUUGAGGAAGCCUAUACUAUUCUACGCGAAGGCCAACGGAAUAGAGCGGUAUUCUCAACUCUGAUGAAUCGAACUAGUAGUCGAAGCCAUAGUAUAUUUACCAUUCGUAUAGUGCGUGUUCCGAUAUAUGAAAAUGAAUAUGUGAUUGAAGAUCCUUCUUAUGCUGUGGUAUCUAAAAUGUCUAUUGUUGAUCUGGCUGGAUCGGAACGAUACAGAAACACUCUGAACUCUGGUCAAAGAUUGAAAGAAGCUGGUAAUAUCAACAAGUCUUUGAUGGUUCUUGGACAAUGUAUGGAAACAUUACGACUGAAUCAAUUGAAAGCAGCUAUGGGAAAGCGUCGUGCCAUUGUACCUUUCCGUCAUAGCAGGUUGACUGAAUUAUUCAAAAGUUCUUUUGAAGGCGAUGGGAAAGCAGUUAUGGUUGUCAAUGUCAAUCCUACGGAUACUGGUUUCGAUGAAAAUAGCCAUGUGAUGAAAUUUGCUGCAGUUGCCAAAGAUGUUGCCACUUGGAGAAGAAUUCAUCCCAAACUUGAAAUCAAUAGUCUAUCGGUUGCAUUGUCAAUUGACUCCAAUCGUGGCGAUACUACAGGUUCUACGGAAGAUAUGGAUAUAUGCCACUCAACAGAUGAAGAUGAGGAUGAUGAAGAAGAAGAAGAGGAGGAUGAUGAUGAUGAAGCAGAAGAUCCUUUUGUCGAUAACCUGAUAGCACAAUGGGCUGAUCUUAGGGACAAGUGGAUGGAUGCUGAAACCCGGUGUGCAACUAUGGAAUCCGAUAUUCGACAACAAGUUUCCAAAGAAAUGGAAAUUGAAUUACGCAAAAUGGAAGAAAUUUAUAUGUCAAGAAUGACACGAGAAAUUGCCGAACUGGAGAAGAACAGGCGAAAUGACCAAUCAAACAUGGAACGACUCAUAAAAGAUAUCCAAAAACGGGACCAAAUGAUAGAAAAACUACAACAUCAGCAAUGCAUGACAAGACCCAAUCAUGAAGAUAUAAUGGAUGAAGACAAUCCAUUUUUAGAAAAGAAACCAAGCCAGAAAGAAUUAUCAUCGCUAUCUAUUAGUAAACCCAGCAAGACUUCUUUUGAUGAAUUCCUCGAUUUACGAAAGAAACUAAGAAGAUCCAUAUUCAAAACAGAAGAGUGUUCCUCUGAUGCCGAUAUUAUUAUGACCAAGGUGGAAACAUUCGAAGGAGUUACGUUUGAUAUGGUGAAGGAAUCAAAUAUGGGCAAAUUACUGAAACUGAUCUCUCAACAUCAAUUCAAACGAGAUACUUUUGGAUUACAACGACGAGCUCAAGUUUUAUUGCGAAAAUAUAUCAAACUCUCUAUAUCGACAUUUGCGCCACCACUAUCAGUAACAAAGCAUUCUAGGUCCAACAAACGCGAUUCUUUAAUCAUGGUGGCAGUAGAUGCUGGAAAAGAAGAAGAUCUUAUAUCUGAUAUGCGAGACGCCUUGGACGUAUUACAAGAUGAAAAUCGGAAACUGAAAUCCCGGCUGAAAACAAUGGAAGUGGGUCAACGUAGAUUGAUGGAAGCAUUUGAUAAACCAAUGAAUAUCACUACACCUCCUAGUACAAUACCUAUAGACACUACAACAAAUAUAGAGUCAGAAAUGAUGGUGGAUGAUCCAAUAGAUGUAAGUAAUAUACCAAAAUAA